AUGGACGUAAUUAUCGAACCCCCGGUAUCACCGAACAAAUCAAGCGAAUCGAUCCGAACACCUAGACGUUUGCCUUCUGAUCAGUUGUCGGUACGCAGCUGGAGUAAAACUUUACAAAUGGAUUCCGAAGCUGAUCCAAGCCGGAAGCCCGUUGAAAUUAUUAAUGAAGUCUUGCUCAGUAUCCAGAAUGACGAAGACGAGCCGGUGAUGCGGGUUGAGAAAUUGGGCAGUCUAAUUCGUGUACUGAAAAAUCAUGAACGCCUGAAAUACACGUAUCCACCGGAUCCCUUGUUUCGAGGGUUGAAAUUUUGCAUAUCAGACUCGGUAAAGGAAGUGAGAAUUGCGGGAUAUCGCGCCCUUAGAUAUUUGGUAGUUGAUGCGAGUCGAGUAGAGAAGAUAAUAAAUCUUCAUUGCGAUAUUUUUAUAAUGAGAUCACUAUCCAGAGAUCCACGUACAUUUAAUGACGAAAGAGAACAAACUUUGAAGCUAGUUCGCUUGUUUAUUGAUAUACCUGAUGGAAUAAAAUACAUGCCUAUUGGAGUGAUGAGAGCUAUUGUCUCGAUAGCUGAACAGGCAGAUGAGAAGCUAAGGCCUAUUUGUUUAGAGACGUUAGCUGAGUUUGUUAUUCGCGAUCCAAAGUUAAUUAUGAAUUGUGGAGGAAUGCGCGUCUUGUUGCAAGCGCUAGUCGACGGCCCUUUGGAGCUAUCUGAGUAUAUUGUAAUGGCAUUACUGUAUGUGAUCGAUAUGCCAGGCUACAGGGAAUGCAUUCGGCCAGGCGUAGAUCUUGAGAUUGUCCUCUCUGGGUUUACUGAAGCCUGUAAUAAAGGAACUAAGUCAGAUGCACAAUUAAAAGCCAGUGCAAAGGCAAUAUCUAUGGUUGGUUUUGUAAUUUUCGGUGUAAAAAUAGUGCUUGGUAAUCCUGCUUUAGAAGAGAAUAGUAGCGGUGAACCACCGCCUGUUCCUUCACCAUCUCAGGAAAGACUUAAUUUAUUAGACCAUCAUUUGGUCAUACUUCUGGUUAUCUUUAUUGAUUGUGGUUUGCUUGAUGCACUUGUUGAGAUAAUUGAAGACAAGAACCAGCAAAUUGCGAAAAAGGCCACUUUGUUCAUCGGAGAAAUAUUGCAAUUAUCCAACCGACUAUUACCAGUGGCACGAUCAAUGCGAAUACAGUCAUUACCUAAACUUUUCAGUUUAGCAACUAAAUUUGAUGAUGAGAUUGUACGGCAUAGUGCAACAGCAGCCUUAUCGCAUAUAGAUAACCUCAACCGUACUCGCAAUCAAUUGCAGCCAAACGCUCCUGUACAAGAUGGAUCCCCUUCCUUCUUAGAGGACAGACGUAGGCGUAGCGCUCGCCAUGUCGAGAAUGUUAAGAUUAAAAUGGGAAUUCAGAUUGACGAUAUCCAUUUUCGUAACAUGUUAUUAGAGACUCAGGUUUUAACAACAAAAGAUUAUUCCAAAUGGAAAUGGGAAACGCUUAUGGAACUACUUCAAGGUCCAUUGCUCAAUCCAAGAAGGUUGGAGGAGGCUCUGAGAGCAAAGUAUCUUAAAAGGCUAAUUGGCUUUUUCCGACCAUCAAGUCAUCGAUUUUCCGAUAUUGAGAAAAGUGCGGAAACUCAGCGCUUUGUACGACUAGGAUGUACACUCAUAACAACCCUCUUGGCAAAUCCUGACGGAGUGAAGUAUCUGGAAGGAAAUAAAUUUUUAAGACAAAUAUCAGAGUCUCUCAAUCAGCUUGAUCCCAUUAAUGGAGUCGUGGAAUCAGAUCAUUUGUUCUCUAAAGAACGUAUUGAAGACACACUUACGAGUGGUUACUUCACCAUGAUUGGUAUGCUUAGCAAGUACAAAGAUGGAGUGAGAUUACUCGAAAAAUUUAAAAUAUUUAAUACAUUCUAUCAUUUGAGUGAAUUGCGUAGUCGUGAAGAUCUUAUAAAAGCCAUAAUUACUAAUUUGGACUAUACAGCGUUAUCCAAAUUUAUACAUUUCCGCGUUAUCACUGAUAGAGACGGCCAUCCUCGCAUUUUGCUUUCUAAAGUCAUGACUUCAGGAUACAAACAUGUCCGUCUUUAUGCAACUAAACAUCUCGGAACAAUACUUCGUACAUCGGCCGAGAAGUUUAAUAACUGGGGGAUUCGAUUGUUAAUAACACAGUUAUAUGACCCUGCAAUGGAAGUAUGCGAAAUGGCGGUUCGCGUUCUCGAAGAAACAUGUAGAGCAAAGGAGAAUCUUGAGCUAUUGGUUAAAUUAAGACCCAGUUUAGAUUAUUUGGGUGAAGUCGGAAAUCCAUUACUGCUGAGGUUUUUGUCAACUUCGAUUGGGUUCCGAUAUCUGUCGGAAUUUGAUUAUGUCGAGAAGGAAAUGGACGAGUGGUUCCAGAGCCGAAAUCAAUAUUACAUGACGCAGCUAGAAGUCUCGCUUGCAACAGCACUACGAAUCGAUGGUGACGAUGGAAGAGCAGAUGACGAAGACAAGGAUAAAAUGCAAACAUUCGACGGAACAACCCCACCACACUUUUACGGCGAAUUAGCGAAGACAGAAGAAGGUUGCCAACUACUCCGAGAGAAAGGUCACUUUCGAGAAUUUGCAGAAUUUGUGCGAGAGCAUAAACAUGAAAAACAGGAUCCGGCAACAAUAGCAAAACUAAAAUCAGUCCUCUGGGCUUUGGGAAACAUAGGAGCAUCAAAAAGUGGUUUACCAUUUUUAGAAGAGGAAGAUAUUGUCAAGGACAUUGUUGAAAUAGCUCAGACGUCGGAAGUUCUUUCACUCAAAGGAACGUGCUUCUUUGUAUUGGGUCUGAUUGCAAAAACCGCUCAAGGUGUUGAGAUUUUGGAAGAACUCGGAUGGGAGAGCGUAUAUGAUACGGAGACUGCUAUCGGGAAUGGAUUGUGUGUGCCAAUGAAUCUUGAUGACUUCUUAUCGUUCCCAAAAUGGACGUAUAGAGGCUUUGUAAAUAUUCCAGGAACGACACGACCGGUCACGCCUAGCAGUCUUGUGGAAAGAGAUUUAUUAAAGGCAGUAGCAAAUUUAACCAACAGGAUAUUAUCGGGUACUGGCUCCAAGAGCAUGGCAAAAAUUCGUCAGCAGUAUCCAGAAGUUUUCCGUUCCAUCAGUACCUACCUUAAAGUAGUUCAGAUGCUCUCAUCAUAUCAGUACCGUCUUCCCACGCGCCGACUAAUAUGUGAACUAUUUAAUGUGGAUUUCACUACUGAAGCUCUCGAAGAAAUGGAUCAAAUUCUUGACGACAGCAAUUCGCGAGAUUCCGAAGACGGAGGAAUGGAGGAUGUCAAUGAGGAUGAAGAACUGCCACGCGUGAUGUUUACCAGGACGCACAGAAGAAGUGAUGGUGUUAUUGCAGGUAUAUCAGACGAUGUGCCGGGUAUUGACACUGAGGAAGUGGUGCCAAAGCAGGCUUUAGAACCCAUAAUGGUUAUAAAAGGAUUUAUGAUAUGA